AAUCCGCCUGGCUGUUACUUGACUUCCCCUCAGUCAGUCAGUGCAGCCGCGCCGGCGACCGAGCCACACGUACUAGACGGCACGUUAACGUUGACGGCACGUGCGUCUCACGUAUUGUUAUUGUGAUUAACAACAUUUAACCAAUAAGAAACAAAAAGUCAAUAUUUUCACAUAGUUUUUUGUGACUGGUAGCUAGUGUUAUGUGGCUUGUGUUGUGUUGCAAAAGUCCUGUAACUCUGGCACCAUAAAAUACCUUACCGGGUUUCGUUUAAUAAUUUAACUAAAACAAUUAAAAAACUAGUUAUUUUUGGUUCGCGUGACGAUGACAGUAGCAGUGGGAGUGUUUUUAGCGGCUGGAACUGAGGUUUACUGAUUGGAGCGGCAGAUCAUAAGAUUCGUAAAUCAUGACGAAUGACCCGAUAGAGCGAGCCAUCGGUCGGUUCGGCUGGUACCAAACCUGGAUCCUGAUCCUCAUCACACUGGGCCGCUUCCCGGCCGAGUUCCAGCUCACCAAUGUCGUCUUCAUCCUGCCCAAUGUCGAAUACACGUGUUUGGACGACCCUUCGAAUAAUGCUACGAACAUUUGCCCGUGUGAGAACCCAGUGUAUGACACGAGUACCAUCGUGGACUCUGUGACGACGACAUGGAAUCUGAUCUGUGAGCGCGGCACGCUGGCUAGCUUCGCGCAGUCGGUGCUGCAGGCAGGGAUCCUGGCGGGGAGCCUCAUAUAUGGACACAUUUCUGACAGACACGGGCGCAAGACGGCAGUCGUCCUCGCGUUAUUCCUGGAAGCCGUCAGCGUGAUCGUCUCCGCCGUGGUCCCGCAGUUCUGGAUGUUCAUAGCCAGCCGCUUCUUCAUCGGCGUCUCACUCGGGGGCACUAUGCUGUGCUGCUACGUGCACCUCAUCGAGCUGAGCGGAACCUCCUUUGUGCCCUACAUCAUCGGCCUCAUCGAAGUGUCCUACAUGUCCGGAUACCUCUUCCUACCCAUGAUCGCAUACUUCGUGCGCGAGUGGAGGCAUCUGCAACUCAUCACGUCGAUUCCCUGGAUUAUUACUAUAUCGUUCUACUGGCUGCUGCCGGAAUCGCCGCGCUGGCUUAUCACAGUCGGCCAGAACGAGGAGGCCAUUAGAGUUUUGACGUUCAUUGCUAAAAAAAACAAGCUGCCCACAGAGAACAUAGCGAGCAUAGUGAACAAAAUCGACCGGGACUCAAUAAAUGAGACACAGUACCGCGGCUCCUAUCUAGACCUGUUCAAGACGCCGAAGAUCCGUCUGUACACCAUCAUCACGGCGGUGGUGUGGUUCUGCACUUCCCACACGUUCUUCGGAGUCAACCAGUACAUCGGGCGGCUGCCAGGGGACCUCUACCUCAAUGUGAUCCUCUCAGCCGCAGCACUAGCGCCUGGCCUUAUAAUUUGUGUCAUCGGCGCUCUGUACUUUAAGAGAAAAGCCGCUGUCAUAUUCAGCUUCGCUGUGACAGGAUUGGCACUCCUCGUCUUCAUAUUCAUACCCAGUGACAUGACUGGAGCCAAUUUAACCCUCGCUAUUGUUAGCCAGAUCUCAGCGUACAAUGCUUUUGUUCAAGUGUACCUCAAUUGUUCAGAAGUGUUCCCUACUGUGAUCAGAAACUCUGCCUUAGGAUUUGCGUCGGUGUUUGCCCGAGUUGGCGGUUUUAUCGCCCCCUUCGUAGUGAACAUUGGGAUUGAGUGGGUGUCCAUUUUAGUAUUUAGUUCGUUAGCUUUAGUAGCUGCUAUUCUAAGUUGUUUCCUACCAGAAACUAAAAAUAUAGUGCUCUUGAAUACAAUUAGUCAGAGGGAAGAAAAAAAGAGUAAAUCAAUUGAAAUAGAACCAGAGUUCGACUAAUGUAACUAGGUAUUAAAUAUGAGUAUUUCUAAUAAGUACCUAGUUAGGAUAAGUAAAUAUAAUUUAGAAUAUCUAAGGUAAUUUUAUAUAUGAUUUAUUAUUUUAUGAACACAAGUUUUGCGUGAUAGUAAGGAAUUCUAAUGUAUUUUUAAAUACCUAUAGUAAAUCUACCACAACUAGAGUACCUCUACCUAUCCUAUGUUCAAAAUAUAGGAAUGUAUGUGAUAAAUAGGAUAUAUUCUACAUAAUUUACUAUUAAGACCUAUGUAACCUACGCUUUAUCUUAUUUUGGCCUUGCGGAGAAUUCACAUUUUCCUCCCAAUUUACAAUUUUAUCUACUUACAUAAAAUUCAAUGUUACUGAAACCUUAUACAUAGAAAUGAAUAAACUACUUU